AGUGGAUAUCAAGAACUAGCGGCACGUAGAGUUGCGCUUCCAACAGGUCAGCGGCAGAAGCAGAACCUCGAAUUAGUCAGGAAUCUCGCGACGGAUAGUCUUCGUUCACUUGAACGUCUACCUGGCCUCAAGAUCUUUCACGUAGCCGGUACCAAGAGCAAAGGGUCUACAAGCAUGUUCCUUGCUCAGUUGCUCCACAAGCUCUGGAAUCCGAGCAGGAAAGAUACCAAGAUCGGGCUCUACACUUCGCCUCAUCUUGUGUUCGUAAGAGAGCGAAUCCAGAUCAAUGGAGAACUCAUUUCAGAGGACCUGUUUGCCCACUACUUCUUCGAGCUCUGGAAGGAACCGUGCAAGAAACUCUCAUAUGCUGGAUUCCUCACUCUCUUGGCUUUGCACCUAUUCGUGAAGGAGGGAGUCAACGCUGCUGUGAUUGAAGCGGUGGUCGGAGGAAGAUAUGAUUCGACCAACAUCAUCAGUUCUCCCACCGCUGUAGGCAUUACACCGAUUGGCUUAGAUCAUAUCAAAACCCUCGGACCCACGAUCAAGGAUAUAGCUGGACAGAAAGCCGGUAUAUUCAAAAGAAACGUUCCUGCCUUCUCCGCACAUCAGAAGACAGAAGUGGAAGGCGUUCUGAAUGAUAUCGCAAAUCGCGAACAGGUAUCUCUGCUGCGUUAUGUUGAAAUGAACAGUAGCCUCAAGAGUAGCGACGACAUGCCUGCGGCACUAAGGGUAAACGCUUCACUAGCAUACGCCAUGUUCCGAGUGUUAGCUGAGCCUCAGGAGGUCUACCCGGAGGACAUGCCAGAGAAAGUGGUCCAGGUGGUUCAGCAGACAUCUACGCCUGGCCGGUUUGAGCGAAUCUCAAAAGGAAACCAAGUCUUCCUUCUGGACGGAGCUCAUACGCCUGAGAGCAUUGGAAUAGCUUCGGAAUGGGCCCUGGAACGGUUCUCCGCCAAAGGGUACAAGGCCCUUAUAUUCAACCAGUCAACACGCGAUACCAGUCCACUGCUUGAAGCCAUAUACUCGAGAUUGGGCUCUGUCUUGCAGCUUGUGGUUUCCUGUUCAUCCAAAGUUCAUAAUGAAUCGAUGGACGAAGUCGAUAUUCUGAACAAGAAUGAGGACCCGGUCUCGAGGCAAUCGGGAUUGUUCCAGGAGAACGCGAGAUUGAUCUGGUGCUCCCUCGGUGGACACGGUGAUGUACGGACAUGUGACAGCAUGGCAGAGGCCAUCGAUGUAGUGGCCAGCGUGAGCGGAGGCCAGAGGCAGCAAGAGCAGGUGGAAGUCUUCAUAACAGGGAGUCUGCACCUGAUAGGCGGCGUCAGACAUAUCUUGACAAGCGUCUCGCAACGAUGA